GUUCAAGAACGUCGACCCCAGCAGCGACCAGCACGUCGACCCCAGCAGCGACCAGCACGUCGACCCCAGCAGCGACCAGCACGUCGACCCCAGCAGCGACCAGCACGUCGACCCCAGCAGCGACCAGCACGUCGACCCCAGCAGCGACCAGCACGUCGACCCCAGCAGCGACCAGCACGUCGACCCCAGCAGCGACCAGCACGUCGACCCCAGCAGCGACCAGCACGUCGACCCCAGCAGCGACCAGCACGUCGACCCCAGCAGCGACCAGCACGUCGACCCCAGCAGCGACCAGCACGUCGACCCCAGCAGCGACCAGCACGUCGACCCCAGCAGCGACCAGCACGUCGACCCCAGCAGCGACCAGCACGUCGACCCCAGCAGCGACCAGCACGUCGACCCCAGCAGCGACCAGCACGUCGACCCCAGCAGCGACCAGCACGUCGACCCCAGCAGCGACCAGCACGUCGACCCCAGCAGCGACCAGCACGUCGACCCCAGCAGCGACCAGCACGUCGACCCCAGCAGCGACCAGCACGUCGACCCCAGCAGCGACCAGCACGUCGACCCCAGCAGCGACCAGCACGUCGACCCCAGCAGCGACCAGCACGUCGACCCCAGCAGCGACCAGCACGUCGACCCCAGCAGCGACCAGCACGUCGACCCCAGCAGCGACCAGCACGUCGACCCCAGCAGCGACCAGCACGUCGACCCCAGCAGCGACCAGCACGUCGACCCCAGCAGCGACCAGCACGUCGACCCCAGCAGCGACCAGCACGUCGACCCCAGCAGCGACCAGCACGUCGACCCCAGCAGCGACCAGCACGUCGACCCCAGCAGCGACCAGCACGUCGACCCCAGCAGCGACCAGCACGUCGACCCCAGCAGCGACCAGCACGUCGACCCCAGCAGCGACCAGCACGUCGACCCCAGCAGCGACCAGCACGUCGACCCCAGCAGCGACCAGCACGUCGACCCCAGCAGCGACCAGCACGUCGACCCCAGCAGCGACCAGCACGUCGACCCCAGCAGCGACCAGCACGUCGACCCCAGCAGCGACCAGCACGUCGACCCCAGCAGCGACCAGCACGUCGACCCCAGCAGCGACCAGCACGUCGACCCCAGCAGCGACCAGCACGUCGACCCCAGCAGCGACCAGCACGUCGACCCCAGCAGCGACCAGCACGUCGACCCCAGCAGCGACCAGCACGUCGACCCCAGCAGCGACCAGCACGUCGACCCCAGCAGCGACCAGCACGUCGACCCCAGCAGCGACCAGCACGUCGACCCCAGCAGCGACCAGCACGUCGACCCCAGCAGCGACCAGCACAGCCCCAGAGCAAACCUCCCCUCCCCCCCACCUUCACCGUCCUGUCACUGUCUGAGCCUGUGUGGGUAG